GGCUGGCGCCGGGGUGGGGGUCCCCCCUCAUCCCUGGGGCUGCCCCUCUCCUGAGCGCUCGUUCUUCUCUCGGCCGCUCCUUUCCCCGUGCCGAGAUGGAGUUGGACUCGUACCAGCACUACUUCUACGAUCACGACGCCCAGGAGGAUUUCCACCGCUCCACGGCGCCCAGCGAGGACAUCUGGAAGAAGUUCGAGCUGGUCCCCACGCCCCCGCUGUCCCCGCUGGGCACCCCCGGAGAGAAGGGGUGCUGCUCGGGGGCGGAGGAGCGCCCGGGAUGGUUCUCCCGGUACUGCCUCGCCGGGGAAGAGCCGGAGUAUCUCAUAGGGACGGGGCAGAUCUUCGGGAACCUGAGCGCUUUCAUCCUCAAGGAUUGCAUGUGGAGCGGUUUUUCAGCGCGGGAGAGACUGGAGAAGGCGAUGACAGAGAAACUUUCCACGGGCACGCAGAGAGCCACCCCGCACAAACCCUCCUUCGCGCAGGAUUUUGGGUUCAGCAGCUCCGUCAGCGAGUGCGUGGAUCCCGCUGCCGUCUUCCUUUGCCCGCUGGCCGAGAGCAAGAUCCCCGCAUCCUCGGGAUCCGAGGGCCAGAGCGAUUCCGGUAAGGGAUGGAGCCGCUCCGCCGCAGAGCUGCCCGGUGCCCCCGGCCUUCUGGAGCCACGCGUGUCCGCACAUGUGUGUGCAGGGAGCCUCCCAGCCGGGCUGCGCCUUUGUUGAGGCUCCAAGCGAGCCCCGGUCCCGGCCCCACCAACAAAGCGGGCUCGGCUGUUCCCCUUUCCCGCUGGGUUUCUGUUCAGGAAACCCCUGUCCCUCUGGAGAGGGUGCGUGGGGCUCCCUCCGGCCCCUUUCCCUCGUGCCGGCCCCACGGAAACCUCGUGGGAAGCUUUUAGGGCAAGUUUGCAGCUCACCGUGCAAAGUUUGGGGGUUUGAGCGUUGCACUCCGCGCUCUGCCAGCGGCUCGGAAAUUCGGCUGCUCCCCCUUCUUCCUCCCACGGUCCACCCGGGACGGGCUUCCCUCGGGAUAAAAGGCAAAAUAUGUCCCGGGGGCAGCAGG